AGUGGAAGGAGAUAUAAUCUGUUCCUGAAGCGACGUCUCAGGAUUGAUAAAAGACAUCAAAGCAAAGACUCUAUUUUCUUCAGGGAUGGUGUCAGGAGAAUUGAUUUUGUUCUCUCCUAUGUGGAUGAUCUUAAUAAGGAAUGGGAAAAGAAGUUGGAAAGAAGAAAAGAAUUUGAGAGGAAUCUGCAGAAGGCUGGUUUGGAACUAGAAACAGAAGAUAAGAAGGAAUCUGAGGAUGGCAAGAUUUAUUUUGUGAAGAUCCAUGCCCCGUGGGAGGUUCUGAUUACAUAUGCGGAAGUGCUGAACAUUAAAGUUCCUAUCAAGGAAAAUGACAUUCCCUCGAUGGUGGAGAACCCCCUGGACUGUAUGCUGGCACCACUCAGGCUUCCCGAGAAGGUAAUGCACCCUGAGCCGGAUUAUUUCACGGCACCGUUCAGCAAGGACAAGCAGGAGCUGUACCUCAUUAACGACGAGAGCACCUUCUUCUCGCCCUCCAUGAGGAACAGAAUAGUUAAUUACAUUCUUACACGAUGCCCGUAUGGAACAGAGGAAGGGAAGAAAAAAUUUGGGAUUAAGAGACUGCUGAAUAACGGCACUUACUCAGCUGCAUAUCCUCUUCAUGAUUGCCAGUACUGGAAAAAGGCCAAUGAUCCCAACUGUGACAACGAGAGAUACACGCUCUACAUGGAGUGGGCCCGUUUCUUGAGGUUCUACAAAGAACAGCCUUUGGACCUCAUCAGGAAGUACUAUGGUGAGAAGAUUGGAAUCUAUUUUGCCUGGCUAGGAUUCUACACGGAGAUGUUAUUCCUUGCAGCAGUUGUUGGCUUAAUCUGUUUUCUUUAUGGCUUGUUUACAAUGGAUGAAAAUAUGAGCAGCAAAGAAAUCUGUGACCCUGCAAUCGGAGGAGAGAUCAUCAUGUGCCCACUUUGUGACCGAGAGUGCGAGUACUGGAGACUAAACACCACCUGUGAGUCCUCAGAGUAUUCCCAUUUGUUUGACAACGUGGCAACUCUCUUCUUCGCCAUUUUCAUGGGCAUAUGGGUUACACUUUUCUUGGAGUUUUGGAAGAGAAGGCAAGCUAGACUGAAAUACGAGUGGGAUUUGGUUGAUUUUGAAGAGGAACAGCAACAACUGCAGCUGAGGCCUGAGUACGAGGCAAAAUGUACCCAAAAGAAGAAGAAUCCUGUAACUCAGGAGAUGGAGCCUUAUUUGCCUAUAACUAGCCAGGCUGUGCGGUUCUGCAUCUCGGGAACUACAGUGUUGUUCUGGGUGUCUCUCAUCAUAGCUAGCAUGAUAGCUGUGAUCGUCUAUCGCCUGGCGGUGUACGCUGCCUUUGCCAGCCUGAUGGAGAACACUCAAACGUUGCAGCCCAUCAGCGGAUUACUGACCCCUCAGCUGGCCACUUCCGUCACAGCCUCAUGCCUGAAUUUUGUCAUCAUCAUGAUACUGAAUUUCUUCUACGAGAGAAUAGCCAUCUGGAUUACUGAUAUGGAGAUUCCCAGGACUCACAUGGAGUAUGAGAACAGGCUCACUAUGAAAAUGUUUCUGUUCCAGUUUGUUAACUAUUAUUCAUCCUGCUUUUACGUGGCCUUCUUCAAAGGGAAGUUUGUUGGUUACCCAGGUGCCUACACAUACAUGUUUAAUCGCUGGCGAAAUGAGGAGUGUGAUCCUGCGGGCUGUUUGAUAGAACUGACGACACAGCUCACCAUAGUCAUGGCUGGCAAACAGAUCUGGGGAAAUAUCCAAGAGGCCAUUGUACCCUGGAUUUGUAACUGGUGGGGUCGCCGGAAAGCCAGAAAUAAUCCAGAAAAUUUAUACAGUCGCUGGGAGCAAGACCAUGAUCUGCAGAUAUUUGGAGCCUUAGGCCUGUUCUAUGAAUACCUAGAAAUGGUCAUUCAGUUUGGAUUCAUUACUCUCUUCGUGGCGUCCUUUCCUCUGGCUCCCCUUCUUGCUCUGAUGAAUAAUAUCCUGGAGAUUCGAGUAGACUCCUGGAAAUUAACCACUCAGUACCGAAGACCUGUGGCUGCAAAAGCACAUAGCAUAGGAGUUUGGCAGGAAAUCCUCAACGGAAUGGCCAUCUUGUCUGUUGUCACUAAUGCUUUUAUUGUUGCAUUCACAUCAGAUAUGAUUCCUCGUUUAGUUUACUACUAUGCUUAUUCUGAAAGUGGAGACUCGCCGAUGUCUGGAUACAUAAACAAUAGUUUGUCGGUGUUUCAAAUCUCAGAUUUUCCUGAAAGAAACAAGCCUAAGCUGAAUCCAGAAAAUUUUCUCAUAUGCAGGUACAGAGACUAUCGAUAUCCUCCGGAUCAUGAGAGGAAAUAUUUACACACUAUGCAGUUCUGGCACAUUCUUGCUGCAAAACUGGCCUUUAUCAUUAUUAUGGAGCAUGUUGUAUUCAUCGUCAAAUUCUUUGUAGCGUGGAUGAUUCCUGAUGUCCCUGCAGACGUGAAAGCCAAAAUAAAACGUGAAAAGUAUUUAACACAGAAAAUCCUACAUGAGUAUGAACUUGAAAAACUGAAGGAGAGGCUGUGUCAAGGAGAUAAGCAAGCCACGGAGAAGGAGUUCAUCGCCACAGAAGGGAGGAUGGAGUUAUCCAGAGCAAUGUAGUUGAAAACACAACUGUGUGGGGUUUAGGUCGUGUUAGCUUUUUUACCUGUGGUGUCCUCUGUGUGCAUCAUCUUGACAGCUCUCGGACAACUUCAACCCUUUGCUUUCAGUCC